AUGGGGGACGGGUACGUGGGUACGUCUCAAGACGGGAUACUUGACACUGCUUUCAAGAAGGAAACAGUCGGUUUAGUCACCAGAGAGGAAUAUGUGGAGAAGAGGGUUAAUAUUCGUAAUAAGUUUGAGGAAGAAGAGAAAGAGAAAUUGCUCAAGCUACUCCAAGAGGAAGAGGAGCUUCAACAACAAAAGCGUAGCAAAAAGAGAAAGAUUAAGGGAAGCUCCCGCUUAUCUUCUGCUGAAGAUCUUGAGGAUGGCAGUGAUGACGCAGAAAACAAGAAUUCUGGGAACUUACGCUAUGGAAAACUUGGCAAGGACCCCUCUGUGGAAACUAAUUUCCUGCCUGACAGGGCCGUCCAGCAGCAGCUAGCCCCUGACUUCAGGGAGAUUAGGACGACAUCAGUUGAGAAUUUGCUAUAUGUAAAGGAAGAUCUUAUAAUCCGACAUCAACACAGUUUCUACGAGCUGAUCAUAAACAAAGCUAGGGGGAAGAGUGGCCCGCUGUUUCACUUUGAUGUGCAUGAAGACGUGAGAACAAUUGCAGAUGCAACGAUCGAGAAAGACGAGUCGCAUGCUGGGAAAGUGGUGGAGAGGCAUUGGCACGAGAAGAACAAGCAUAUAUUUCCUGCUUCCAGAUGGGAGAGCGAGCAUAGCAUAAAUAGGCUCGAGGAGGACGUAUCUAUUAUCUUGUGCAUCGUUGACCCAGAUUAA